GCACAGUAGCAGAGCAGUGCGUUUUGAAUUUGAAUCUAUCUUUUGUAUAACUAUCCACAAAACUUCGCACGAUGCACCGAUUUGCAAAACUUGUGAGCAAAUCUGCAGUUCCUGCUGGCAGAAUAAUAUCCAGGGGUUAUGCAAAAGAACUAAAGUUUGGCUCCAUGGCAAGAGAAGAAAUGAUUGCGGGCGUGAAUCAGUUAGCUGAUGCAGUCGCUGUCACUAUGGGACCCAAAGGUAGAAAUGUAGUGUUGGAGCAAUCUUGGGGGUCACCCAAGGUCACAAAAGAUGGUGUUACCGUCGCAAAAGGCAUCGAAUUCAAAGACAAAUUCAAAAACAUUGGCGCCAAGCUUGUACAAGAUGUAGCUAAUAGCACAAAUGAAGAAGCAGGCGAUGGUACAACUACUGCUACUGUUCUUGCCAGAGCUAUUGCUAGAGAAGGAGCAGAAAAAAUCAGCAGAGGCACAAACCCAAUCGAAAUGCGCCGCGGCAUCCAAAAGGCCGUUGACGUUGUCAUCGAGGAGUUAAAGAAGAUGUCAAAGCAAGUUACAACUCCUGAAGAGAUUGCGCAAGUUGCUACAAUCUCCGCAAAUGGGGAUAAAGAAAUUGGCGACCUAAUUUCUAAUGCUAUGGAAAGGGUUGGGCGAAAUGGAGUUAUAACUGUAAAAGAUGGCAAGACACUUCACGACGAGCUGGAAGUUAUUGAAGGAAUGAAAUUUGAUCGUGGUUACAUUUCUCCAUACUUUAUUAACUCGUCCAAAGGCCAAAAGGUUGAAUUUCAAAACGCUUAUGUUCUGCUUUCGGAAAAGAAGAUUAGUUCAAUACAGUCAAUUGUCCCAGCCCUUGAGCUUGCCAACUCCCAGCGUAAACCACUCGUGAUUAUCGCUGAGGACGUUGAUGGUGAGGCAUUGAGCACUCUGGUCAUCAACAGACUGAAAGUUGGUCUUCAAAUUGCUGCAGUGAAAGCACCAGGUUUUGGUGACAAUAGAAAAAACACAUUGAAAGACAUGGCUAUUGCAACUGGUGGUCUUGUGUUUGGUGAAGAUGCUUUGGAACUUAAACUUGAAGAUGUACAAGCCCAUGACCUUGGGGAGGUUGAAGAAAUCACGAUCACGAAAGACGAUUGUCUCCUUCUACGAGGUAAAGGUAAGCAAGAAGACGUAGAAAAGAGAGUCGCGCAAAUCCACGAACAAAUUGAUGAAACCAGUAGCGAUUAUGAGAGGGAAAAACUGAAUGAAAGAGUUGCAAAACUUGCGAGUGGUGUUGCUGUGUUGAAGGUAGGUGGCAGUAGUGAGGUGGAAGUUAACGAGAAGAAAGAUCGAGUUAAUGACGCAUUGAACGCAACACGAGCUGCAGUAGAAGAAGGCAUCGUCCCAGGUGGUGGCGUCGCUCUUCUAAGGUGUCAUGACAUUAUCUCUGCUCUACAAGGGGGUACAAGAGACGAACAAGUUGGGGUUGACAUUAUUCUCAAAGUUUUAAGAAUACCUUGCGCCCAAAUAGCUGACAACGCUGGCAUGGAGGGACAACUUGUAGCUGAGAAACUGUUGCAGCAUAAAGGUGACUAUGGCUACGACGCACGAGAAGACAAAUACCGUAACAUGCUCGAAGCUGGAAUUCUGGACCCAACGAAAGUCGUAAAACAGGCUCUUAUUGAUGCUUCUGGUGUUGCUUCGUUGCUUACAACUGCUGAGUGUGUUGUUACCGAAGAACCAAAGGAAGACCCCCCAAUGCCUGCAGGAGGGGGUAUGGGUGGCAUGGGAGGAAUGGGUGGCAUGGGUGGAAUGAUGUAACAAGACCAAUUUGACGUAUAAAAAAAUUUCAACAAUUUUUGGAAAUUUUAUGAAAAUGACCACUCAUUUCAGCAAAAAAUUUUGGGAAUUUUUUCAACAUUCAAAAAAGGUUGUUUUUUGGAAGAAAGUGUAAACAAAUAUGUGGAAAUUUUUAGCUAAAUUAAGGGGUAACAAAUGUGUGAACAUUUUUUGAUAAUUCUUACACAUUUCAACGUUCAAAAAGGGAUAAUUUUUGGCAGAAAUUUCAAUUUUUUUGUGAAAUUCUUUUAGUAGCAAGACUCAAAGAGUGUAUAGCAGUUAUAAUACAAUCUUUACACUUUCUUAUUUUCUUAACGUAUUAAUCGUACUGUUGCGUAAUUCCUGCCACAAACUCAAUGGAUCAAAUCGUGAAAGAUGAGAAUUUCACUUUUUCUGCUUCUUAAAGCGUACACUCCAAAAUCGAGUGCUCAUUUAAAUAAAUACAACGUUUUUUCAA